AUGGCUCCGCCGCACCCUCCCUCGUCCUCGUCCGCCUCGAAAGGCCCUCCUCCGCAACGCCGCAACGGCGUCUUGAGCGACGCGUCGAACACGCCUAGACAGUCCAACACGCCCGCCUCGGUUGGAACGCCUCGUCAAAGCGCGUCGAAUGCGCUCAAGCGGGGCAGGGUUGAGGAGGUGGAUGGCACCGUCGACCGCUGGGGACGCAAGCGCGUCUUCGGCGAGCGGGACUGGGUGAGCAAGGAACAGCACGAGCUCGAGACGAAGCGCGCGCAGUUUGUCGCUGCGAUCCGGAGGAAGACGGAGGAAGAAGCGGCGUUGCAGCGCGCGGGUCAGGGAAGGGGUGACGAGGCUGCCAAGAUCCGGUCGGAGCGCGGACGCCUGAAGGAGGAGCUCAAGGGCAUCGAGGCGCAGAUCAGUAGACUCGACGGGGGAUCGGAGACGAGUGCCAGUGACGAGGAGGAGUCGAACAUCGGACGCUCGGCGGCGAGGUCCUCAAGCGCCGACGCUGCCGCUCCGCAAGCCGCAACUGCUCGCAACCGCAACCAGCUCCCCGUCGGCGGUUCCAGCUCCAACAGUGACACUCGCACGGCUCCUCAAGCGACCGCUACGCAGCAGGCGCCGAAUACGACGGUCCAGCAAGUCGCUCAGUCGACGAGUCGCCCGCGCUGCGACACCCCUCCUCCUCCUCCGCCCUCGCAGACUGCGAAUCCCGCUCACAACGCGCCCAACGCACAGCCUGCCGGUCCACAGGCGAGCGGAGCAUCCCUUUCGCCCACCUCCCCGAAUCAGGAGAACCUCGCAGCAGUCGCAAGCCAAUGGCUUCCCCUCCAGUCGCUCGUCGACGAAAUCGCUCACAAGGCCUACACCUUGCCGCUCAAGAAGACGCUCAAGCUGGAUGGUCUCGUCCACAACGGUUGCUUCAAGGCUGAAGACAAGGAGCGCAUCAUCAAGCUCGUCGUGCACCUGCUGGAGGAGGUCAGCCGCGGCGCGCAGGCGAAGGAGGCGCUGGCCGCGCUCGGCUUGAAGCCUGCGAACGAGAUCAAGACCGUCAAGCACAUCUUCUUCGCCGUCCA